GCUAAUUAUAUCUUAUCAGAGAGGAUGGGUGGGUGAGUGAUGAUGGGCUGAACAAUAAUAAUAAUAAAAAAAAGGGGGUGAUAUUGCUGAUGGGUGUCUCACAGGUCUCAAGACGACCAUUUGAAUGAAUGUGUGAGUUUAGUUAGAGUGAGAAACGAUCUCUCAAGGGUCCCAUUUAGAGGCUCAUUUCUUUUUUUUUUUGUUAUUCCUGUUCAAUUCAGCAGUUUUUUUUGUUGUUGUUGUUCUCGCUGUGGGGGUGGUUGAAUGAAAAAUAUAACAGCCUGGGGAGAGAGGGGGGUUCUGUGUGAACUGUGUAGUGUGUGAUAUAAAGGAGAAGUCAGUGUGACAAAAGCGACGACGACGAGACGGUAAAAUCGACGCUAUGGAUUUCUUAGUGGAAUAUGGAAUAUGUUUCUUUUGAAUUUUUAUCAAUUUUGAAGUGGUGGUGAGAUUGGUGGGAUUUAGAUGUUAAUUGAGGGUGAUUAGGACUUGGUGGUUCAGGUGAUUUUGUUGGGGAAAAUUGUUGAAAAAAUUGGACAAAGUGUGAAGCAGCUGUGUUGGGAACUUGGGGCAAGAAGGAUAGAGAGUCUCUCUACCCUUUUUUUCUUCUUUCACUUUUCCGUGCGAUUUAGUAUUGAAAACACACACAAUUGAUGCGCAUGCCAUUUGGUCAGUGAAGUGCCAAAAGAGACGACUGGCGGGAGAUUCGAGGGGUGGCUGCGGGACAGCUCCGAUGCGGCGUUCAACAGCGCGUGUGGAUAUCGAAAUGGGUGUAUAAAGUAUCAGGACACGAGGAGUACGAUUAGUCGAUGGUGACUCUCUGAAGACUUAACAUCUCGCGGUGUAUAAGAUCUCACUCCCAACACAACACAUAACACUCACGGCCAACAAGUAAGUGUUGUGCGUUUUCUCCCAACACGUCAGCUGGUCCAGUUGGUGAUCUUCGCAUAUUAUUCUUUUUUAAAGAGCCAGAAAGUGGUCAGUUUUUUUUUGUUGACCGUUACCGCAAUUAUUGGGGAUUCCAAAAGUGUAAAAGAACCAUGUGAACUUGUGGCACAAAAUUUCAUUCAAAAAAAAAGAGGAAGAGAAAUUUUUUGAACAUCAACAAUUAGUCAAAUCCCGUGAAGAGUUUCAGAGACUUUGAUUGAUAAUACAGAAAAAAAGAAUUUUAAAUUGAUCUUGAAGUAUCUUCUAUGUGCAAAAGAAUCCAUGCAGACAUCGCGACGUGAUUGUGCUAAUGGGUGAUAAAUUUAAAUUUAAAAUCACAUGUGGUGGCAUUAAGUGUAUGUGUAUAAGAAAUUAAUUGGGAUCAUUGUGCACUGUCUUACUAUUUGUUGUAUUUUCAAAUUAAAUUUUCACACUCCUUUUCCAAUACACUCUGGUUUGGGGGGAGCAGCUCACAAUCUUUUAAUAUUGCCAAUCAAUUCAUCUUGAAUCACCCAGAGUGCUUAAAGUGUCUGGUGCUGAUUGAAAAGUUACUCUCUCACAAUUACACCAACAAUUUAUAAGAAAAAGAAAAAUUAAAUAAAAAAAAAACCUGUAAAGAAGUCUUAUGACGCAAAAAUCUCUCUUGUCUUCUUGAAUAUAAAAGACUCUGUGAGGUGUGAAGGUGUUUAUUAUCAACGUCUUUUUGCCCAUGAGUGUCAAUUGGUGGUUAAACUAAUUAGGGUUCAAAAUAAUACCCGUGUGGUGUGUGCAGAGAAAAGCAUCCCAUUACCAGCAGAUAAUAUUGUUUGAGACACUGACUGUGGGUACUGUGAGACACCAUCAACUCCUUAAUUGGACCAAAAAUCAAGAAAAGUGGAAAAUUCUGUGGGUGAAUUUGAUGUGGAGGACACAAGAAAUGGUGCUGUACGAUAAGGAUGUGAGUUUCAGUUGAACAAACAUUUUUACUUCUCCCUCUUUCCUAAAUAAUAAUAAUAAAAAAAAAUAAAAUAAAGAGAAAAAAAAUCUGCAAGAGUUUUCCGGAGCAAAGAAUUAAAAAAAAAAGAAGGAGGAGAGGACAAAAAAGAAACCAAGAAGAAGUAAUUGCAAAAUUAAUUCUCUUCCCUCCUGCAAACAAAUUCAAUUAAGUGAGUUACCAUCUUUUCUGGUGAAAAAGAGAAAACAGUGAGAUUGUGUGGUGAAAAGGAGAAGUGGGGCAAGAAGAUGCCAUCGCCAAUAUCUGAAAGUCGCAACAGGGAUUUCCUCCUGCAUGGCGAUGAGUGGCAGAAGUCUGUCAACAAUGGUUAUCUGAGGACAGCUAUUGGGGCGGAAAAUGGAGCUGGUGGUACUGGGCAAGUACCCAGUGAUUCCAUUGGUCUUCAGCAAACUGAUGAGGCUACGGGGAUACUCCUACAGCCUGAAACAAUUGCCGAGGGGACACUUCAGUGUUCCGAAAUGGGUGUUCAACCCCAAAAAACCUCCACAAUUGUCCACUUUGCACCAGGAUCUGUGCCCCAGACAUCAGUACAACGUGGUCUACCAAUUGAAUUUAUGUACAGAGACACCAAACUUCGACGACGACUCUUGGUCCUGGCAGUGGCUCUGAUGGUUUUGGGUGCAGCCAUUGGGGCACUAUCCAUUUACUUUGCCGGUACAUUCAACUGUUGUUCAGCCAGAGAAGAUCGUCGUGAACGGGAAGUUUGUCUCACUGAAGAGUGUAUAAGAACGGCAUCUUCCCUUCUGGCGGCCAUGGACAGAACGGCAGAUCCUUGCACGAAUUUCUUUCAGUAUGCCUGUGGUACGUGGAAUAAGAAGCAUUUGAUUCCGGAGGAUAGGAGUUCGAUAAGUACAUUUGAGGUGUUAGCGGAUCAGCAGCAAGUGAUACUGAAGGGGGUCCUCGAGGAGCCGGUCAAUCAGGAGGACAGUGAGGCUACUGUUAAGGCUAAGAUGUUCUACAAAAGCUGCAUGGAUUUGCAGCAAAUCAGAAAAAUUGGCGAUCAACCAUUAAAAGAUGUCAUCAAAUCACUUGGAGGAUGGCCAGUAAUUGAGGAACAUUGGGAACCACCAGCAUUCAGUAUUGAAUAUUUAUUUGGGAAAUUGAGGGGUGAAUACAGUGAACCUGUGCUAGUGGAGUUGUUUGUGGGAGCUGAUGAUAAGAAUUCAUCAGUAAAUAUUCUUCAAUUGGAUCAAUUGGUUCUGGCUCUGCCAUCGAGAGAUUACUAUCUGAAGGAGAGCAGUGAAGGUGAUUUGAGGGCAUAUCAUCGGUACAUGACACAAGUGGCUGUUCUUCUUGGUGCAAAUCCUGAAACAGCUUCAAAGGAACUUCAGGAAGUGGUGAAAUUUGAAAUGAAACUGGCCAAUGCAUCACUCCCUGAAGCUGACCGUCAUGAUACGAGUGCCAUCUACAGGAAAUUAACUCUGCCAGAGCUGCAGGAGGAAGUGCCACAGCUUCAGUGGAGGGAAUACAUACAGGCAACUCUGGGUGAGGAUGUGCAACUGAUGGUUGAUGAGCCAGUUGUCAGUUAUUCCAUGUCGUAUUUGGUGGAAAUGGGCAGAAUUCUGGCUGAAAGUGAUCGCCGUGUUGUGCACAAUUAUGUGAUUUGGCGACUCGUCAUGUCAAUCAUGACACACAUGAUUGACGAUUAUCAGAGAGAACGCAUAGAGUUCAGGAAGAUUCUGCUGGGGAUUCAAUCGGAGCGUCAUCGAUGGUCACAGUGUGUUGAGUGGACGAAUAAGAAAUUGGGAAUGGCAGUGGGGGCACUAUUUAUCCGGGAUAAUUUCAAUCAAGAGAGCAAAGAAACAGCCCUUGAGAUGAUUCAUACGAUCAGGGAAGCUUUCAAUGAACUCUUGGCUGACAUUCACUGGAUGGAUGAUGAGACAAGAUCAGUGGCUAAGGAAAAAGCUGAUGCGAUGAAUGAAAGGAUUGGUUAUCCAGAAAUUCUUACUGAGCCACAAGAAUUGGAGAAGGAAUAUAUCAAUCUCACAAUAUCUGAAGAUCACUUCAUGAAUAACAUUAUGCACAUCCUCAAGUGGGAUGCUCAGAGGAAUCUUCAGUUGCUGCGAGAAGCUGUGGAUAAGAAUAAAUGGACUACUGAGCCGGCUGUUGUCAAUGCCUUCUACAAUCCCAACAAAAAUGACAUUGUCUUUCCGGCUGGAAUUCUUCAGCCACUUUUUUACAGCCAGAACUUUCCCAAAUCACUGAAUUAUGGUGGAAUUGGGGUAGUUAUUGGGCAUGAGAUUACACAUGGAUUUGAUGAUAAGGGCAGACAAUUUGAUAAAGAGGGAAAUAUGAUGCAAUGGUGGAACAAUGCAACUAUUCAGGCUUUUAGGGAACGAGCACAAUGCAUCAUAGAUCAGUAUUCCAACUACAAGAUUGAUGAGGUGGGCCUGUUUAUGAAUGGGAGAAUGACUCAGGGGGAGAAUAUUGCUGACAAUGGGGGUCUCAAGCAGGCAUUUAGGGCCUACAAGAAAUGGGUGAGGAUUCAUGGGGCUGAACCUGAUCUGCCGGGUCUCAAUCUCACCCAUGAUCAGCUAUUUUUCCUCAAUUAUGCUCAGAUCUGGUGUGGGAGUAUGAGACCUGAAGAUGCUCUCACAAAAAUUCGUUCCUCUGUUCAUUCACCUGGGAUUAUUCGUGUUUUGGGUCCAUUGUCCAACUCCAAGGACUUUGCAGCGGCCUACAAUUGUGAUCUGGGCACACCAAUGAAUCCAGUCAACAAAUGCAGUGUGUGGUAAAAAAAAAUUAAAAUAUUGGGAGAGGGGGAUGAUGAAAAUUUUCCCUAAAAGAGGGAAGACAUGCGAGUGGUAAUUCUGUGGAAACUAAAACUAUAUCGUCUUUUUGGUGCUCCGUUUAAGUAGCUGUAAUUGAGAUACUUUCUCUCCCUCCUCCUGUGUUUUUUGCACAAACUACCUGACUUAUUAUUUUAUAUAAUAUACUUAUGAAAGAUUUAGUGAAUUUAUAUAAUAUAUGAUAUAUUGUUCCUCUCUCACCCAAAAUGCUUUCACCAUGAAGACCCACGAAAAAAAAAGACACAUUAGAAAAAAAAGAUGCAAUUAAAAGUCAUAAAUUAUAGUCUUUUUAGAUAGUAUUCUGUGUCAGGUAUUAUAUAUAUCGUAUAUUAUGACAAUGAAUGUUUACUACUGUACUACUAUUGCUAUGGAAAAAAAGUAUUUUAUUUGUAAAUUACAUAAAAAGAUUUAUCACAUUCGUUUAA